AUGAUUUCCGGUAAAGAUAUGUACGAUAUUUUCACGGCGAUUGUGCCAUUAUAUGUUGCUAUGUUAUUAGCAUAUGGUUCGGUUCGUUGGUGGAAUAUCUUCGCACCUGAUCAAUGUUCUGGAAUAAACCGUUUUAUCUCAGUUUUCGUAGUUCCGUUACUGGCUUUCCAUUUUAUAUCUUCCAAUGAUCCAUAUGCUAUGAACUACCGUUUCUUAGGAGCUGAUACACUUCAAAAAGUAGUUAUCCUUGUUGCUCUUUUUCUAUGGAACAUGUUCUCAAAAAUACAAGAUAGUUUUGAUUGGACUAUAACACUUUUCUCUCUUUCGUCUCUCCCUAACUCACUUGUUAUUGGAAUCCCUCUUUUAAAAGCUAUGUAUGGUGAUUUGUCAGGAACUCUCAUGAUACAAAUUGUUGUUAUGCAAAGUGUUAUUUGGUGCACUGUUUUGCUUUUCUUGUUUGAAUAUAGAGCGGCUAAACUUCUUAUUUCAGAAAAGUUUCCCGAAACUGCAGCUUCUAUAGCUGCAUUCAAAGUUGAUUCUGAUAUUGUUUCGCUUAACGAUCGAGAACCACUUCAAACUGAUACUGAGAUAGGAGAAGAUGGUAAAAUUCGUGUUAUUGUUAGCAGAUCAACUACUAAAUCUAUGGUAUCGGCAUUUUUUGACGUAUCUCAAUCAAAUCUUAGUAGUGUUGAGAUAUAUUCAGCUCAAUCAUCAAGAAAUUCAACACCAAGUUUUUCUACUAGUAUUAGCCCUACUGAUAAUUUUCAGAGUAAUAGUAAUGAUAUUAGUGGCGAUGUUAAUUUUGUGCAAUCUUCGAUAGGGGAAACACUGAGGUCUUUGAAUUUGGAAGAUGAGAAUUUGAAGAUAAAUAAGAGAGAGAGGAAUCUUAAUGAUGUUAAUGAAUUGAUUGAGAAUACUAAUUGUGACGAAGGGGAUGUAGGGAUUGUAAAGAAAAACAAAGAUAUGCCAGCAGCAACUGUGAUGGCAAAACUCAUCCUCAUCAUGGUUUGGAGAAAACUCAUUAGAAAUCCUAAUACCUACGGAAGUCUUUUAGGACUUGUUUGGUCUCUUAUAGAAUUCAAGUGGCACAUUGAAAUGCCCUCAAUGGUGAAAAGUUGCUUCUUAAUACUAGCUAGUGGUGGUCUUGGAUUGGCCAUGUUUAGUCUAGGUUUGUCCAUGGCAUUACAGCCUAAGCUGAUUCUAUGUGGAAAACGAGUUGCAACAUUUUCUAUGGCUGUGAGGUUCUUGGUCGCUCCUGCUGUGACUGCAGCAACCUCAUUAGCAGUUGGCCUCCACGGCGCUCUAUUACAUUUUACAAUUGUUCAGGCUGCCCUUCCUCAGGGUAUUGUUCCCUUUGUGUAUGCCAAAGAAUACGAUCUACAUGCAGAUAUACUAAGUGUUGGAGUUAUAUUUGGAAUGUUGGUUUCAUUGCCCAUAACAAUACUCUACUAUGUGCUUCUUGGUUUAUAG